AGAAACGAAAAGAGGAAUCCUCUUGUGAGGUAUGCAUGGACGGGUUUUGGGGAUACUCAUAUAUAUGUCAUGAAUGCAAUCUCUACUUCCAUUUGGACUGCGUCAAUCUUUCAAAAGAGAUGGAAAAGGGGGGCCUUAUGUAUGUCUUCAGUGUGCUUUUCUCACCCAUGGAGAGUGUAUCGACUUACCUCGUAUUAUCAGCAUCAAUCGCCAUGAGCAUCGCAUUUCUUUCACUCCUCAUCUCGGUGUUGGAUACUCGAAAUGUGGAGUUUGUCGCAAAAGUUUAAAUCAGUACCGUGGAGCUUAUUCUUGCUCUGUUUGUCCAAAAUAUGCAACUCAUUGUAAAUGUGCGUUAAGGAGUGACUUAUGGGAUCGUGUAGACUUGGAAGGUAUCCCAAAUCAUGAUGCCGAAUAUAUUGCACCAUUCAAAGUAGUGGGUGAUGACUUGAUAAUUCAUUUUAGUCAUGAAAAACAUCCUUUAAAAUUCUACAAGAAGAACAAGAUCCUUUAUGACAAGUGGCUACAAUGUGAAGCAUGUAUGUAUCCACUUGUAUUUGAAUCCAGCUAUGGUUGUAAGGAAUGUAGAUUUUUUCUUCAUGAUAAAUGUGCGAAUCUCCCUACGAAGAAAAAAACUGCCUUCUCUCGCAAACUACACUCGUUGGUAGUUACUAACGAAGUUGUAACCGCAUGCGCAGAGUGUAGUGUAUUAUUUGAUGGUUUCAAUUACACAUUUCAAGGUGAUUGGAGAAUAGAUGUACAUUGCGGUUCUCUCUGUGAGCCGUUUAUCCAUGAUGGCCAUUUACAUCGCCUAUAUUUUUAUCAAAGAUGGGGUUCAAGUUGUGUUGCAUGUGAGGACAUCAUUAGAUAUGGCCGCUAUAUGAUGUGUUGUGAUGCUUGUGGCUUUGAUUUAUGUUUGUAUUGUGCUAGUUUGCCUACAAAGAUGUGGCACAAGAAAGAUGAUCACCCUAUCACUUUACAUUGCGGUGUAAAGCUGAGCGAAAAAAGUUGUUGCGAAAUUUGUGAGAGGGAGUUAGAUCAAUGUAAAUGGUUCUACACAUGCUUUGAUUGCGGAGUCACAUUUCAUACACGGUGUGUACUUGGAGAUUUCUCGCGCCUCAAGCCAGAAAAGCUCAUUUUCUAUAACCGGAAAAGAUUUGAAGUGGUUCGUAAUAAUAACAGCACUAGGCCAUUAUGCAGCCAGUGUCACUCUAGAUGCAAGGUCUCCGUCGUCCUAAAGGCUUGUGAUGGGAAUAAUGGAUACAUCUGUUCACGUUCAUGUUUACUUUUAUACACCAAUAUAUAUAUAUAUGUAUAG